AUGAUGCUGGCAAACAACGACGAAUCUACGAUGUGGAAGUUUCGCUACUUUAUCAAACUUUACUGGAAAAUUUUACUGAUGAUUGUUUGGCCCCUGAUACUUCUAUUUCUCUUUAUUGUAUACGAUAACUCCCAGGAAUCACGGUGUGGUUAUGUGGUGCUGUUGAUGGUCGGGUACUGGGUGACGCAGUGCCUGCCAUUGGGGAUGACGUCCCUUUUGCCUUUACUGCUGUUCCCGUGCCUCGGCAUACUAAGCAUCAGAGAUACCGGCGCGUGUUACAUAAACGACGCGACAAUGAUCCUCAUCGGUGGUUUCAUUCUUGCCACCGCCAUCGAGGACAGUAACCUCCACAUGCGCAUUGCCCUCAAGGUCAUACAGGUCUUCAGCUACAACCACUACUCUCUGCUCAGUGGGGUAAUUCUGGUCACUUUUCUCCUGUCCAUGUGGAUCACCAGCACCGCGGCCACUUUUAUGAUGAUGCCCAUUAUUUUUGACGUGUUGGGUGAACUCGAAAGGGAGGGACUUGGGAACGUGUUUGUCAACACCGAAAGCCUCGGCAAUCCAAACAGCCAACCAAAACCAUCAAAAUUGACAACGACGUACCUCAUGGGAACGGCAUACGCGGCGAUAUUUGGCGGUUCUUCGACUCUCGUCGGUUCACCCUCGAACCUCGCCUUCAAGGGUAUUUUCGAAAAAAUCUUUUUGUGCGGCCCAAAAAUCGGGUUUGGGCAGUGGAUGAUGUUUGCGGUUCCCUUGUCACUCCUCAAUCUCUGUUUCACUUGGAUAUAUGUGGUCAGUUUCUUGUUCUUCGCCACACUACCAACGAAUGACCAAAACGCCCAGAGUUACACGGCGAUGAAGGGCCAAAUUAGAAACGUCAUAAAACGGGUUAUGAAAGCAAAGAGCGAUAGUCUGGGAAAGAUGACCAGUCACGAGUUGGGCGUUGUCAUUAUGUUUGUUCUCUUCGUCAUAUUGUUGGUCACACGCGAGCCCGGAUUCAUGCCUGGAUGGACCAGUAUCUUGCCAGGAAAAGAAAUCCCAUACUCAGCUCCAAUAUUACUAGUAUCUGUUUUGAUGUUUCUCACCCCCAAGGAUCUCGAUUUUCUUUAUGUUUGGGCUAAUGAUCCAAAUAAAAGGCCCAAAACAUCAUCGGAGGGUCUGGUGACUUUAAAAUCAAUUGAGACAAGAAUGCCCUGGAGUUUGAUGUUUUUAUUGGGAGCAGGCGUCGCUGUUUCAGAUGGCAUGGCAAAAUCUUUUCUAGCAAGAAAUCUUGAUGAUGCUAUAGAACCUCUAUUGGGCGAUGAGAACUGGUCUCUUUUAUUAUACGAAGUUCUUGCUAUCGUGGGUGUAGUCACGAACAUCACACCCGACGUAGUGACCGCAAACAUUGUGCUGCCCUUUCUCGCUUCUGUGAGCACUUUUACGAGUGUAAACCCUCUAUCUUUCAUGGUAACGGGGGCACUGAUGUGCUCAUACUCGUUUUUUUCGUCAUUUGGAUCUCCACCUCUUGCUGUAAUUAGAAAUGCUGGUCGCGCUACAGUUAAAAGUCUCAUACUUCGUGGAUUGGGUCCCGCUAUUAUCAGCUACAUGCUGUUACCAAAUCUGUACGUACUGUUUGGUAGCGACUACGUUUAUCAUAAAGGCAUCCAACGAUUAUUCUGGUCAAAUAAGAACUUCAUUACGGAAAGUCAUUUAAGUACUACAACCUGUGACCAAUUAAGCAGAACUGAUCCAUAG